AUGGACUCUCCAGCGUGGCAGGCAGAAGAGAUGACAAUCACCAAAUUUCAUGAACUGCUCCGUAUAGACCCCUCCAUUGGCCCGGAGCUGGUAAACAAAUACCUCGAAGCAAUCAAGCAGCACGACGGGACCCUCAAAUCCCUCAUCACCAUAAACAGCGCAGCUCUAGAAACCGCCAUAGAAAAAGUCACCGAAACACUCACCUUCAACCAAACCAACAAACCAUUCCCACCAUUACACAGCGUGCCCAUAAUCCUGAAAGACAACUACAGCACUGCAGAUCUACCAACAAGCGCAGGCGUGGAAGCUCUCCAUAACCUACGCACCAAAGAUGACAGCGAAGUCGUCUCCCAGCUACGCGCCGCAGGAGCAAUAAUCCUAGCAAAGGCGAACCUCCAUGAAUUUGCCUUGCAAGGAAUAACCCUCUCCUCGCUCGGCGGGCAAACGCUGAACCCAUACGACAAGACCCGCACACCGGGCGGAUCCUCCGGUGGGACAGGCGCGGCGCUAGCGGCGAACUUUGGGCUCGCGGGGUGUGGGACAGACACGAUGAACUCGUUGCGAUCGCCUGCGUCUGCGUGUGGAAUCGUGGGCUUCCGGCCGUCGACGGGGAGGGUGUCGUGCAUGGGGAUUGUACCUGUUUCCCAGACACAGGAUGCGGCUGGGCCGAUGGGGAGGAGUGUUGGGGACGUGAGGGUUUUGUAUGGGGUUAUGAAGAGGACGGAUGGGGGGAAGGUGUAUUCUAAGGAUGCAUCUGAAGCGAUACCUCGAUCCAGUCGUCAAGUUCGAAUUGGAGUCUUGGAGGCUUAUUUUCAGCCUGAAAGCUAUACAGAUGCAACCGUGGAGUCGGAGUACAUCGCCGAGAACCAGAUCGUGCAGGAGAUUAUCCGGUCGAGCUUGGAUUCUAUACAGGAACAAGAUGCGGAUAUCACUUUGGUGCCUAUUGCCCCAUCUAGUCAUCCAGACUGGAGUUAUGGAACCCUGUUUGAAAAGGCGGAUACACAGGCUUUUGAGUUCAAGCACUAUCUCGACGAGUUCCUGCAGUCGCCACUGGUUUCAUCAACACCGCACCAAUCACUGGAGUCUAUUGCUCAGAGCGGCGAGUUCGAGCCACAAGCCAUGACGCAUGUUUUCUCUGCAGCACUGGAAGACCCUGGGACAUUUUCACUGACGAGCGAGGCAUAUCGAAGUCGACUGGAGUAUAUUACCGCUCUCAAAGAGUCUGUGAAACAAUGUUUCGAUCGAUAUGAUGUCGACGCGCUGGUAUAUCCGCACCAGACACAGCUUCCUGUGAGGAUUGGUGCGAAGAAGCAGUCUGGACGGAAUGGUGUUUUGGCUGCGUUGACGGGGAGGCCUGCUAUUUGUAUUCCCGCUGGGCGGAGCCCUAAGACUGCUUCUGCUGUGUUUGGUGUUCCUGUUGGGUUGGAGCUGAUGGGCCGGCGCUGGGGAGAUGAUGAAUUGCUAGAUAUAGCGGAGCGGGCUGAGGGCAUUCUUAAGGGCAUAGUGGGACCUAUUCUUCAUUGA